CGGAGGGCGAGUCUCCUUGGGGCCCGUCCCUUGGUCGGCGGGCCUGGUGUGCGCCGGGCGAAGAUGGGCGGCGGCGGGAGCAGCACCCGGCGCGUCACCUUCGAGGCAGACGAGAAUGAGAACAUCACGGUGGUGAAGGGCGUGCGGCUAUCUGACAGUGUCAUUGAUCGUAUGAAGGAACCUUCUUCACCCAGUGGAAGACAGCAGUCUCAGCAUCGAUCAUCAUCUGGGGCAGUUAAUGAUGAAGAACUAAAGAAAAGAAUAGCAGAAGAACUGGCAUUAGAACGAGCCAGGAGAGACUCUGAAGCUCAAAAGAGAAGAUUGAAACAAGAACAAAUGUAUGUACGUGAUGAGUUUGGCAAACUUCUGGAACGAGAAAGGAUUUCUUCAAAUGAACAUUUGACUCGAGCCAUUCUUCGAGAGAGAGCUGCGACAGAAGAGGAGCGUCAGAAGGCACAGCGUUUUGCCAAGCAGCUGGAAGAGAAAGACAGAGAACUGAAGAAACAUGAUGCCUACUACAAAGAGCAGCUGGCUCGACUGGAAGAAAGGAGUGCCCAGUUCUACAAAGUUACCACGGAGCAAUACCAAAAAGCUGCUGAUGAAGUGUCAGCUCGGUUCAAGCGAUAUGAGUCUCAUCCAAUCUGCGCUGAUCUUCAGGAUAAAAUUCUACAGUGUUAUCGGCAACACGCUCAGGAGACCCUCAGCUGCUCUGCCCUGGCUAGCCAGUACCUGCGUUGUGUCAAUCAUGCCAAACAGCAGAGCAUGCUUGGGAGAGGAGGAUAAAGGCAUUGUCCAAAUCAAGCACAAGACCAUCAACUCUAAUUUCAGCAGAAGAGCAUUUUUUCCCAAGAAUGAUAUGACAGCCCAUUUACAAGAAUGAUACGACAGCCCAUUUACAGGGCAGACCAAUAAAGAGAAGAACUGGAAGAGCCAUUUCAAGAGCAGCAGCCAUCACGGCUCAAUCAGUGUGACCAUUUGAAAAGCCAAGACCUGUAUCUUAUUACAUCAGAAAUCAUACAUCCGAAGAUACUGUUCAGUCGUAGUAAAAUCCACUUAUUGGUGAUUGAAGGAAGGAAAAGAAAAGAACUUUUCACUGACCUUAGAAAGGGGAAAUAUCCUUUAAAUGCUGCUAUUUCAGUGUAGAAUCUCCUCAAAAACUUCUCACUGUCAAAGGCAUGGGUAUGUAACACUUGGUGUGCCGGGAUGUGGUGGUACUUUCUGAACAAGUCAGCCGCUGCUCCAUACUGUACAGCCUGUAUUGUUGCUCAUAUUAAGGUUUUACUUACAAUGUAUAAUGACAUAAAUCGUGCUUUAACUUAUUUCACAAAUUGUGCAACUUAAUGAAGUCUCUCUCCAGGCCUUCUGCUGGAAUGAUGUUGAUGAUCCAACACUUAAGAUGUA